AUGGCGACUUAUCAACCUUACAAUGAAUUCUCAUCGGUUACCGGUGGAGGGUUUGAGAACUCUGAUUCGAGGCCUAACACUAUGGACUCUGGUACUGGUUCCAACACCAACACGCUAACUCCCGUUACUAUCAAGCAGAUAUUGGAUUCACAACAGGCCAUCCAGGAUGGGCCCUUUAUAACACAUAACCAAGAAUUACACCAUGUGUGUUUCGUUGGUGUGGUGAGGAAUAUUACUGACCACACGUCUAAUAUAUAUCUGACAUUAGAAGAUGGUACGGGGCAGAUUGAAGUAAGAAAAUGGAGUGACGAUAGCUCUGAUGUUGCUCAGGGAACGGACGGUGAUGAUGGUUUUGGGGAAAUGAAAGGCGGUGAAUCACAAAUUGCACAGCAAUAUCAGAUAGGAACUUAUGUUAAAGUAUUUGGUGCUUUGAAAGAAUUUGGUGGGAAGAAAAACAUCCAGUAUGCUGUCAUCAAGAAUGUAGACUCAUUCAACGACGUAAUUGCCCAUCAUCUAGAGGCUAUUAAAUGCCAUGCCAUAGCGAACGGUAAAAUGCAAGGCAGUUCUUUGGCUUCUGGAGACAACGAAGGUGCAGGACAAUCCUUGUUUGUUCAAGAUGACGAAGGAGCUGGUAACAAAAACCCAUUGCAGAGAAUAUUGGAAUUCUGCAAGCAACAAUGUGUUGGUAAAGACGCAAACACCUUUGCUGUACCAAUCCCUUUGAUUUCUCAAUCUUUAGAUAUAGAUGAAACAACUGUCAGAAAUUGUUGUACAACGCUAACAGAGCAAGGUUUCAUAUAUCCAACAUUAGAUGAUAAUCAUUUCUUUGCUGUGGAUUAG